AUGAAGUGGUUGAUGGGGGGCGCGGCGGCCGCGGGCGAGGACGCAGCAACAGGGUCUAACAGCCAGGAACAGCAACAGCAGCAGGCCAAGCUGGCCAAGCAGGCCGCGGGGAGCAAUUCUGCUGUAUCAGGAUUAGCUGGGUCCAGCAGAGACGGACGGCCGGACGGGGGUUCUGGAGGAUGCCCUUUGGAUUUGGAUCCUUCCCAGGCGCCCCACCAGCAAAGAGCCACCCUUCCCAGGAGCGGCAAUAGCGUCGGCGGGCGCGACCAGGCCGCUGGAACUGUGAGUGGGAGUGAGACCGGGACCAGGAGUCGGCCAGAUGGAGGUAAUUAUACCAGUGCAUUUAUGAUGCCUACAAAUGGUAUUGCAAACGACAAAUUGACGAAUAGCACGGGCCGUGGAAUUUCCACAGACGGGAGCAGGGGAAUCAACAGGAGCAACGACAAUAGCAGCACAGGCAGAAGGACGAGAGGCAGACCGAGAGGGAAAGCCAGCAGCAGGGCGAGUGCGGCGAGUGCUGCUUCUGCUGCCACCAAGGCGCCGGCUACCGCCUCCAAUCCUUCAGGACUCAGCGCACUCUUCAGCGCUCAGCCCACCCCCAAGACUCCCCAGGCCACUGCCGGUCCUGCUGCCCCCAGUGGUCACGGUCGGGCUGCUUACAGGUCGCUCCCCCCCUCGACAUCUUCCUCUCGGGCCACCGAUUCACCUGCCUCUCUCCUCUCCACGUCCUCGACUCCCUCACCAUCAUCACAACCCGCCACUCCUUACGACGACUCGUCUCACCUUCUCCUUUACUCUAUCGACCAACACUUACAUCUCGCAAACGCUCCCCCGCGCACGACGCUACUGUCCAACGCGCUCCUCGACUCUCUCCGCCGCGACGACGACGAUACCCAUCUGGUCCAUCGCGACCAUCCCGACACAGACAUGACGACCGGUCCCAUGGGCCGCUCACGGCAGGACUCCUUUGUGAGCACCGGCCCGAAGCCCAUCUCUGUCAACAACCAGAAUCGCGACAGCGUUAACCGCAACCGCCGAGAGUCUCUUGCUGGCAGUCUCAUGAACGGCAUGAGCUGGGCUGGCAUGUCAUUUGGCAGCUUCGUCCGCGAUGACGUCAUGAUGCAAGGUACCUCUCCCGCAUUUGGUAACACCGGUGCCCAGCCUUCGUCUUCGUUCCACUCUUCGUCCUAUUUGCCCAAGCUCGAAGCCAACUUCAUGAGAGACUUCACAUGCUGCGGCAAGACCCUUCCGAACCUGCACGAUUUGCUUCAGCAUUACGAAGAGGCGCACACCCAGCCGAGCCCCAAUGCUGCCAACAACGCUUUUGGCCAGUUUGGCGCCCCGUUUGGCAUUCAAGGCAACUCGCAAAUGUCCAGCUCUCGGACUACUCCAACACCCGCGCAGGGUAACCUGCAGGGUCUUGGCCAACAGCCGGGUCAGACUCAAGGCGGUCUUGAUGGCGUCCAGAUGAAUGCCCUCAACCCCGCUAUGAACAAUAUGAACGAUGACAUGGAUGCUGUGGCAGACAUGGAGAUGGACGAUGCGGUCGGAACUAUGGAGCUUGACGACAGCUCUCGAAUGACGCAUACUAGACAGAUGUUCGGCCAGCAGCAACGACCGCAUCUCGACAUGUCGCACGCCGGCUUCCCCCAAGCGCUGCGCACUUCCCAACCCACUACGCCAGCCGUGGCUAGCUUUGGCUUGCAAAACAACCCUACCGUGUCUUCUGUCAAUACCCCAACCCUCACUACCCAGCAGCAGCAUCAACUUUCCCAAGCUGCGUCGCGCAUGGAUGACAUGGACGAAAUGGAGGGCGAUUUGCCGGGCAUGCCCAUGGGCGGCGUCGCUGGCGCUUUCGGCGACAUGGACUUCUCCAAUGGUAAUCCCGAAGAUGAAGACUCGAACUUCUGCAUCAACGAUCCUGGCAAACAUCUCUUCAGCCCCAACGGUGCUGUCCCGCCUGGUGGCAACCGCACGAUCCAGGCUCAGCUCGCCCAGCUUGGUCUCACUCAGGGCCAGUUUGCUGACCCAGAGGCGAAUAAACUUUUACUCCAACGAUUGCAGAGUAUGAUGAUGCCCGAGGAGCACAAGCCAUUCAAAUGCCCUGUUAUCGGUUGCGAAAAGGCCUACAAGAACCAAAACGGACUCAAAUAUCACAAAGCUCACGGCCACCAGACUCAACAAUUGCAUGAGAACGGAGACGGCACGUUUUCCAUCGUUAAUCCCGAAACAAGUGCGCCUUAUCCCGGUACUCUCGGCAUGGAGAAGGAGAAGCCAUUCAACUGCGAAACCUGCGGCAAGCGAUACAAGAACCUCAACGGCCUGAAAUACCACAAGGCACACUCGCUACCCUGCAACCCAGAGUUCAAGCUGCAAGCCAUGGCUGCUGGGCUGAGCCUGCCUGGAAUCACUGAAGAUGUUGCGCCCUAG